UGGUGUUGUUCCUUGUAGAAUUACCUUUAUAAGAUGUUUGCCCCUCUUGUAUCAAAAUUCGUGGCUCUGCCAUGGGGAUGGGAUUCAAAUAAGAAUACUGAGAAAAUCUGUUUCUUUUCAGAGCUAAGGGUCAUCAGCAGCAAUACAUUCAUAUGUGGAAGCCAUUUUCAUCAGAAUCAGUUUUUCUCCAAGCAUUCAGUUGAAGAAGAUUGAAACCACAGAGUUAUGAGUGAGGUUGGUUCUGAAAGAUCAAAGUCAUGGAACAUAUACACAACUUCAGAGCAGAGCCCAUCAUCAUCUCAAACAAGCAUUGGUCAAGAAGCUCCAUGGAAGAGCUUUGGAUCCUCCAUGAAUGCCAUUUCCUUUGGCUUUGUUGCCACUGCAAUCUUGAUAUCAAUGUUCCUUAUCAUGGCAAUCUUUGAGCAUCUGUUUAGACCAACAUCUCCUUUCUCCUCAUCUGAAGUGACCAACAACUCCGCAGAAUCAGGUCCUGCGGAGAAAUUUGCAAGUCUUAAUACGGUGCCAACAUCAUAUGCGUCUGAUUUCUCAGUGUUGAUGCCAGGGCAGCACAUCCCCACCUUCAUAGCGCAACCAGCUCCUCUGCCAUGCCAAAGAGAGAGGAUUUAUUGGCCAUCUCAUGACCAUAAUUUUUUAGGUCCUUGAGGCAAAUAUAUGGUAUUUCUUGCCACCAUAGAAAGCAGUUACUGUAUUUAGGAAAACUAUCAGCUUUGCUUCUUCUCAGUAUAAUAAUACUUUGUGCUCCUUCACCCACAGGGAGAUUUGCCAAAUGCUGAUACUUUUUGGUUCCCAGUUUCUCAUCUGUAAAUUGAUUAUCAAAGAAGUCAGCAGUAUUAAAACGAUUCUA